CAGAUCAGAUCCCCAGCAAUUGCUUUGGAACAUGUUCUGGUUAGCAACGUCACAGUUUUCCCCCUCCCGCUGCUGCAUUCUCAAAACGCGAAACGGCUUCUCAGCAAUCGCUUUCGCCUCGCCCAGAGAAAAAGAGUGAAAGAUAUUGAUCGAACGACAAUGGCCAAGAGGAAGCUUGAACGCAAUUCAUCCGUAGUAUGUCUCUCUUCGAUUCCGAUCGCAGAGGGUUAUGGAGAUGACAUUACAAAACAUCGCUCCUGUUGGCUGCAUAUUGCAGCAAGCCUGCAUGCAUGUGGAAAGAGAGUGACUAGACAAGAAUUUGAAGAUGUAAAAAGAUUUGAAAGAACCUCCCCAUGUUUCUUAAGCAACAUCUCUUGUCGUAAAAGGUCAAUAAGGAGAGUUAACUGCAAGAAAACUGAGAAGUUAAACAGUCACACGUUUGAGUGCUACCUAGACCAUAUUUGGAGGAAAGUCUCAAAAGAUAGAGCUGCUUCCUUUAUGCACAUUGAAUCUUUAUGGUUUUCUUUGUACUUGAAACAAUCUUUUAAAGCGAAGGUAUUGACAUGGAUUAAGAAGCAGAAAAUUUUCUCAACGAAAUAUGUAUUCAUUCCUAUUGUCAUUUGGCACCACUGGAGCCUCUUGAUCCUUUGUCACUUUGAUGAGGGUUUGCAAUCAGAAACUAGAACUCCAUGUAUGUUGUUGUUAGAUUCACUGCAAAGCGUAGGUCCAUUGCGGCUUGAGCCCAGUAUAAGAAAGUUAGUUCUGGACAUUUUUAGAGCGGAGGACCGGCCAGAAAGUAAAAAGUUGAUUUCUCGAAUUCCUCUUUUGGUGCCUAAGGUGCCACAACAGACAGAUGACAAGGAGUGUGGCUAUUUUGUUCUAUACUUCAUAAAUCUAUUUCUGAAGGAAGCUCCUGAAAAUUUCAGCACCCGUGAAGGCUAUCCUUAUUUUAUGAAGCCAGACUGGUUUACUCAUGAAAGCCUGGAUCGAUUCUGCAGGCAAUUUCAUUCUAGAAUACUGAAUCCAUAAGUUUGACAUAAAUAGCUUAUUUUUCUUCUUCUUCUUCUCCUUCCUCCAUCAGUUUGAGAUGUUCUUGAUAGAAUUAAUAUGCAUCUCUGUGAAUAUUGUACCCUCUAAUGUGGAUUGCUAGCACCUUCUGCAGUUUGGAAUAUGUGAUUUUGUUUCAUUGGCAUCA